CGCGAGGGAGGGAAGCUAGAGCCGAGGGACAACUUUUCCAGCCCGCGUUCCUGGUAGCAGAGAGCUGAAGUAAUGAGAAGGCAUCAUGGAGGCCCAGUCCCACAGCUCCACGACCACUGAGAAGAAGAAAGUGGAGAAUUCCAUAGUGAAAUGUUCCGCGCGAACAGAUGUCAGCGAGAAAGCUGUGGCCUCCAGCACCACUUCCAAUGAGGAUGAAAGUCCUGGACAGACCUAUCACAGAGAGAGAAGAAACGCAGUCACCAUGCAGCCACAGAGUGUCCAGGGGCUCGGCAAGAUCAGCGAGGAGCCUUCGACAUCCAGCGAGGAGAGGGCCUCGCUGAUCAAGAAGGAGAUCCAUGGGUCCCUGCCGCACCUGGCCGAGCCCUCCGUGCCCUACCGCGGGGCCGUGUUUGCCAUGGACCCCCGCAAUGGUUACAUGGAGCCUCACUACCACCCUUCUCAUCUCUUCCCUGCAUUCCACCCUCCUGUACCAAUCGAUGCGAGACAUCACGAGGGGCGUUACCAUUACGACCCAUCUCCAAUUCCUCCACUGCACGUGCCUUCUGCUUUAUCUAGUAGCCCAACGUAUUCAGACCUGCCCUUCAUCAGGAUCUCCCCGCACCGGAACCCCGCUGCAGCCUCUGAGCCCCCCUUCAGCCCUCCGCACCCCUACAUCAACCCCUACAUGGACUACAUCCGCUCUCUUCACAGCCCGUCCCUCUCCGUGAUCUCGGCAGCUCGGGGGCUCAGCCCCACAGACGCCCCCCAUGCCGGGGUCAGCCCCGCGGAGUACUACCACCAGAUGGCUCUGCUAGCUGGCCAGCGCAGCCCCUAUGCGGACAUCAUUCCCUCGGCCGCCACUGCCGGCGCCGGGGCCAUCCACAUGGAGUAUCUUCACGCCAUGGACAGCACCAGAUUCCCCAGCCCCAGGCUGUCAGCCAGGCCGAGCCGAAAACGUACACUGUCCAUAUCACCGCUGUCCGAUCACAGCUUUGACCUUCAGACGAUGAUAAGGACGUCUCCCAACUCCUUGGUCACGAUUCUCAAUAAUUCCCGCAGCAGCUCUUCGGCAAGUGGGUCCUACGGUCACUUGUCCGCGAGCGCAAUCAGCCCUGCCUUGAGCUUCACCUACCCUUCUGCACCCGUGUCUCUCCAUAUGCAUCAACAAAUCUUAAGCCGACAGCAGAGCUUAGGCUCGGCCUUCGGACACAGCCCACCACUCAUCCACCCUGCUCCAACGUUUCCAACACAGAGGCCUAUUCCUGGCAUCCCUACGGUUCUGAACCCCGUCCAGGUCAGCUCGGGCCCUUCGGAGUCCUCACAGAACAAGCCGACGAGUGAGUCCGCGGUGAGUAGCACGGGUGACCUGAUGCACAACAAGAGGUCCAAGAUCAAGCCCGACGAAGACCUCCCCAGCCCGGGGCCGCGGGGCCAGCAGGAACAGCCGGAAGGAACAACCCUGGUGAAGGAGGAAGGGGACAAAGACGAAAGCAAGCAGGAGCCUGAAGUCAUCUAUGAGACCAAUUGCCACUGGGAAGGCUGCACGCGGGAGUUCGACACCCAGGAGCAGCUGGUGCACCAUAUAAAUAACGACCACAUUCACGGCGAGAAGAAGGAAUUCGUCUGCCGGUGGUUGGAUUGCUCGAGAGAGCAGAAGCCCUUCAAAGCCCAGUACAUGCUGGUGGUGCACAUGAGGCGGCACACGGGGGAGAAACCUCACAAAUGCACUUUUGAAGGUUGCACAAAGGCCUACUCGAGACUAGAAAACUUGAAAACGCACUUGAGAUCUCACACUGGAGAGAAACCCUACGUCUGUGAGCACGAAGGUUGCAACAAGGCUUUCUCAAAUGCCUCCGAUCGCGCCAAGCACCAAAACCGGACGCAUUCCAAUGAGAAACCGUACGUGUGUAAAAUCCCAGGCUGCACGAAGCGCUACACAGACCCGAGUUCCCUCCGGAAACACGUGAAGACAGUGCAUGGCCCAGAGGCUCAUGUCACCAAAAAGCAGCGUGGGGACAUACAUCCUCGGCCCCCCCCACCACGCGAUUCCGGCAGCCAUUCACAGUCCCGGUCGCCCGGCCGGCAGACUCAGGGAGCCCUUGGGGAGCAGAAGGACCUCAGCAACACUACCUCAAAGCGGGAAGAAUGCCUCCAAGUGAAAGCAGUCAAGGCAGAGAAGCCCAUGACAUCUCAGCCAAGCCCUGGUGGUCAGUCUUCAUGCAGCAGCCAACAGUCCCCCAUCAGCAACUAUUCCAACAGUGGGCUCGAGCUUCCUCUGACCGACGGAGGUGGUGUGGGAGACCUCGGGGCCAUUGACGAAACCCCAAUCAUGGACUCGACCAUUUCCACUGCCACUACCGCCCUCGCCUUGCAAGCCAGGAGGAACCCGGCAGGGACCAGAUGGAUGGAGCACGUAAAACUAGAAAGGCUCAAACAAGUGAAUGGAAUGCUUCCACGACUGAACCCCAUUCUACCCCCCAAAGCCCCUGCAGUCUCUCCUCUCAUAGGAAACGGCACGCAGCCCGGCACCAGCUGCAGCUUGGGCGGGCCCAUGACUCUUCUCCCGAACAGAAGCGACCUUUCUGGUGUGGACAUCACCGUGCUGAACACGCUGAGCCGGAGAGACAGCAGCACCAGCACCAUCAGCUCGGCCUAUCUGAGCAGCCGCCGCUCCUCGGGCAUCUCCCCCUGCUUCUCCAGCCGGAGAUCCAGCGAGGCGUCCCAGGCCGAGGGCCGGCCCCAGAACGUGAGCGUGGCCGACUCCUACGACCCCAUCUCCACCGACGCCUCGCGCAGGUCCAGCGAGGCCAGCCAGGGGGACGGCCUGCCCAGCCUGCUCAGCCUCACGCCGGCACAGCAGUACCGCCUGAAAGCCAAGUAUGCAGCGGCCACGGGCGGGCCGCCCCCCACCCCGCUGCCCAACAUGGAGAGGAUGAGCCUGAAGACCAGGAUGGCCCUGCUCGGGGACGCCAGGGAGCCGGCGGGGGCCCUGCCUCCCGUGCACCCCCCACGGAGGUGUAGCGACGGGGGCGCCCACAGUUACGGCCGCCGGCCACUGCUUCCCACCGACGCGCUGGGCAACGGCGUGAGGAGGGCCAGCGACCCGGUGAGGACGGUGUCCGAGAGCCUCUCCCUGCCCCGGGUGCAGCGUUUCACCAGCCUGCACAGCUUCAACCCCCCGGCGUUGCCUCCGUCCCUGGAGAAGCGGAACUUAGUGCUGCAGAACUACACUCGGCCAGAGGGCGGCCAGCCCCGCCACUUCCCGCCGUCUCCCUGUCCUCCGAGCAUCGCCGAGAAUGUCACCCUGGAGUCCUUGACCAUGGACGCCGAUGUGAGCCUGAACGAUGAGGAUUUCUUGCCCGAUGAUGUGGUGCAGUAUUUAAAUUCCCAGAACCAAGCAGGGUAUGAGCAGCCCUUCCAAAGCGCCGUCUCUGACGACGGCAAAGUGCCCCACGGGCCCGGCCUGGGGAAUGGGCAUGGAGACUUCGACCCCCCCGGGCUGCCAGACAGCCACGCCGGCCAUGCCGGCCAGCCGUACCGGCCGCUGGAGCAGCCUUGCCCCGAAGCCAGCAAACCCGACCUGCCCAUUCAGUGGAAUGAGGUCAGCUCCGGCAGCGCCGACCUGUGCUCCUCCAAGCUGAAGUGCGGCCAGCGGUCCACGGCGCAGCAGGCUCGCGCCUUCGGCUUAUACGGCAACGUGGGCGUCCACCCACAGAACCCCUUGAGGAAUGGGGCCGGCCCAGCUGGGGGGUACCCGACCCUCGCAGAGCACGGCAGCUCCUACGGCGGCCCGGAGCACUUGGCGAGCCACAGCAGCGGACCAGGCACCAAUGGAAACGCCUUCCAUGAACAGCCCUACAAGGCCCAGCCAUAUGGGAACUGCCUCAGCAGGCAGCCCGGGGCCCCCGGCUUGCUCGACGGGGCCUGCGGUGCUGGGGUUCAAGCGGCAAAGCUGAAAAGCACCGCGGUGCAGGGCAACGGGGGCCAGCCAGAUUUUGGCCUGUCGGUGGUGCCCGACGAGUCAGCGGGCAGCGCUGUGAAUGGCAUGGCGCCCCCAGACCUGGUAGGCCAGGGCUACCUGGCCCCUCAGCUACUCAACGACGGCAUGCACCACCAAGGGGCAGGCCGCGCCGGUCAGCAGAUGCUAGGGCAGGUUAGCGCUACCUCACAUGUCAACAUCUAUCAAGGGCCGGAGAGUGGCCUGCCGGGGCCUGCCUGCCUCGGCAGCCAGCCGUCCAGCUUGGCAGCUGCCAGGGGCUACCAGCCCUGUGCCGGCUAUGGGGGCGGCAGGCGCCAGGCCGUGCUGAGGGGCGGCCUCGCUCUGCAGCAGGGACAGCUCAGUGACACCAGUCAGACCUGCAGGGUGAACGGCGUCAAGCUGGAGACACAAGGGCAGCCCCAUCCGCUCUGUUCUAACCCACAGAGUUACUCUGGUCAGUUCUAUGACCAAACCGUUGGCUUCAGUCAGCAGGACGUGAAAACGGGUUCGUUCUCCGUUUCGGAAGCCAACUGCCUGCUCCAGGGGCCCGGCGCCGAACACUCUGAAUUACUCUCCCCAGGUGCUAACCAGGUGACGAGCACAGUUGACAGCCUCGACAGCCACGACCUGGAAGGGGUGCAGAUUGAUUUUGAUGCAAUCAUAGACGACGGGGACCACGCCAGCCUGAUGUCAGGAGCCCUGAGCCCCAGCAUCAUUCAGAACCUUUCCCACAGCUCCUCCCGCCUCACGACGCCACGCGCGUCCCUCCCGCUGCCCGCGCUGUCAGUGAGCACCACCAACAUGGCCAUUGGGGACAUGAGCUCGCUGCUGACCUCCCUCGCGGAAGAAAGCAAAUUCCUUGCAGUGAUGCAGUAGGCAUUAGGGGAAAGGCUGCCAACCAACAUGAAAUUUUAGGAGUUUAAAAGAUUAAAUGGACUGGGUUUUUUGAUGUUUUUUUGGGGUUUUUUGUUUUGUUUUGUUUUGUUUUGUUUUGUUUUUUAGUCCUCUAUGUAUUUUAGCAAUCUCAUCUCACCUAACUGGGAUGUUUCAAGUAUAUUCCUUUUAUGGAAAAGGACUCUGAACAACCCUAAAGUAUUCUAGGGAGAAACUGUCUUCCAUUUCAGUUUUGAAUCAGUAUUGUUACACUCGAACCAUCCUCUCCGUUUUCCUUUUUUUUUUUUAACUGUAAGCCCGCCCCCCUUUUUAGUAAACCAGUGUAAAUGUGUGAUGUGCGUGUUCUUCUUUUCGAAGAGAGAUCAGACGAGAGGAUUUGACGUGUUUCUCUGUUACUCAAAGGAAAUAGGAGUUGGUGUGCUUUUGACCAAGGGGUGACACUUCCAGCUUUUUAAAUUUUCCUUUACAUGUGCUCUGUGUUUCUGUUUUUUGUUUUCUUGGGUGUUUUUUUGGUUGUUGUUUUUUUUCUUUUUCUUUUUUCUUUUUUCUUUUUUUUUGGUAAUUCCCACAUUGGGCCCAAGAAUCAGAAUAUGGAUCGUGAGGGUAAGAAUCCUUUGUGGGUGCGCUGUAGCGGACAUAACCAAUAUUUGAUGUGCUCCCCACCCCAGUUCAGGUCAUGGCAUGCUUUCGACGGUUGCACACAAGUGGGAAUUUGGGGCUCUGGCAGAUGAACACGAGUUUGCUCACAGUUGGGGUGCAGAAUUCCUCCUGUCCGUCGGUGCACUCAGGGCAGGUCCGUCUAUGUGCUCACUUCUCAGUUAUCCACGUUGCUUCUCUUCCCUCUGUCUCCACGACCGUUCGGUAUUGCUCCGCACUCCAGGGAGAGAGGGGAAGGGCAGUGGGUUUGCGACUUCCAUCUGUUCUGGUAAGAAGUUAGGUAGAUUGUAGAGUGAAGCUACUGGGUAGAAAUAGUUUGGGGGACAUUUGUGGGUUUGCUGUAUUUGUUGAUUUAUAGUUCCAUCUCUUUACCCGUUAUCAUAGAUAACUGAGAAUUGAUGAUAUAUAGGUCUAAGUAUUUAGGUAUUUAAACAACCCCACAGCAGGCUACUUCAUUAACAUACAUUAAUUCCACCAUAGUGAAGGAGUAUUUCUAUCCUAAGCGCCCUAUUUUAAGGGAUUUAUAAAACUUAGUUGUAAAGGAAAAAGCUCACAUACGAUGACGUUUGGAAUAAAUCACUUUAACCGUUGUUAGUGUUUGAAAGCACUAGGGAGGCUGGUUACUACCAGUGUGGAUGCCUUUUCUUACACCCGAUCUAUUAAAUGAUGCAUCCAUUUAAGAAGUUCAAUGUUCUAUGCAGUUAGUCCUUCAUGUGGACUUAAUCUGAACCUUUGUUUUGGAUUAAAACACUUAAAGACUAAAAAAGUGAGCUACGGGCCAUGUGCGGCCGAUACACAUAAAAGACAUACUAUGUGUGUACCAAGUACAGGGAUUAUCCACAUUUUACAUUUAAAAAUAUGUAAACUAUGAAAAAUAAAAUAUUAACACCUUGGACUACCUGCUUUCUUUUGUCCCAUUGACCCUGGAAGUUGGAUUUAUCCAGAGUGACUCAUGAGUCAAUUGUAUGGCUUUUUCCCCUUUAUUCCUGCCAUUUAAAUUAGCAUUAGACAAAGUCGAGUAAAAUAGAACAUUAGAUGAUAGGAAGAAAAUGUUAGCACCAGCCCAUUUUUCUCACAUUCCUGAUCUCUCAUUUGGACCAAGAAUCUCAGUGUGGAGGUAAAUUUGCCCUUUGGGACUUUGUGGCUAAGAAAGUUGGGUUUGCUUUCAACUGAAUGUUCCUGAAACCAUUGGGAGGGGUGCUGAGACUUCUCCCACUGCCCUCCCACAUCCAGCACCUGCUUUUAAGGACGCAUCUGCUUUGGAACAGAGCCCAAAAAGCAAAAGACAGCUACUGAUCAGAGCUCAGUGGAGUGGAGUCUACCCCUUUGCAACAGAAAAGAACCAGGCUUUCUCUGUGUUCCUCAAAGAGGUCAUGACCUGGUCACAAGAUCGGCGGUCCAUUCCCUGAGUCUCCUUUUUCCACAAACAGCAGAACCUCUACGCCCCGAUCUUAUCUUCCGUGCUCUCACGGUUUGGCCUGAUCCUGUUCUUGGUUUCCAAGCUCGGGACCUGGGCGUUCUGCAGCCUGCUGAGUGAGGACAGCGGUCCCCGGGACCACCCUGCCCUCCUUGUCCAUCAGAGUCCUUCCCCAGUAAAACUCCCAGAUGUGACCUGCGCUUCUCAAUUACCCUAAGUUCCUUCCUCGCCUGCCCUCCAUGGAAGAACUGACGGCAGCCAUGGGAGGACUGUUGUCAUCCUGUGUCUCUGUUUUGCCCUGUGGUUUCAGCUGAUUCUCUGCAUUGCUCCCUUUCUUUGCCUUUUCAUACUUGGUUUCCUUCCUUCUACCCUUAGAUUUGCAGAGAUAGUCCUAGUUCAGUGCAGUCUUUGGCUUCUCUCUAGGGAAAUCUCAGAAAGAUGGGGAAGAGGGGAGAGGGAGGAGGAAAGUGUAUUUUUCCAGGAGUGCCACGAUGUGUCCUGAUGGUCAGUGGAAGGAAGGUCUUUUGGGGCCACUUGGAAGCGUCCCAUCUGUAGACUUGGCUUCUCCUCUGGCAGGAUCCAUCCCCAGCCGCUAGCCUCCAGCCUUCUCUCCACUUCUCCGACCCUGGCGUUGAGGGAGACAGCAGGAACUCAAUAGUGUCACAUCUGACUUCUCAGUACAGGCUCAAAUGUGGUACUCCUCUGGAACACCUGUGUGAGCCGUGUUUUUAUUGGUUAAACCAUUUUGUUUUCUUUCCUAAAGAGCUAAUGAGACUGCCCCUUGUUCCUCAUACGUUGGCUCGUCCUCUUGAGCUGCAGAGUUGUGAUUCUUGCAAUGUAUGUGCCUUAUUUUAUGUUGAUCUUGUCGAUGCGAGGGACCAGUUGGUGUUGCCCGGUCGGAGCCCAAGGCUGUGCGCCCCCUGCCCCCUGCCCCCUGGCCGGCCGAGAGCACACGAUCGGAGCAGAGUCUGAGCGGUCUUGUAACCUGGUUUCCCGUGUUGUUUUGAACUGAUGGAGGGUGUUCUCUUCUGACAAGUCACCGUUCUGUAUCUUGCAAACGUGUAAAAUAAAAGACGAGUUCAUUUUUUUCACCUUUUUUAGAUUUUUAAAAAAUAAAAUGUGUAAUCCUUUUUUAAAAGAAACACAUGUAAAUACAUUUAAGUAUUGUUAGGCAUAGUGUUCGGAUGUGGCCGGCCCUGGGCCUUCUCGGAUCAGCCUGCAGCCGUGCGAUGCCCCCACGCCCAGCUCAUGCCAAGGGCCGCCGUCCUGCCACACGUGGACUCUACUUUCGCUUUCAGAACCACCUAGUCCUUUUGUAACAAAAAGAAAGAACAAUGUUUCUUACAAUGUCAAUAAAAAAAAGCU